UACCGACCGAACCCGACAUAUUCGGCUCACCGGAGACAGAGCCCAGUACACGAAGAUGCUCUAGCCGUCAAUUAACGGCUCUCUUCUCUCGUACACUCCCUCAGUGUUUGCGUCUGAAAUCUGACGCACUAAACCCGAAACAGCACCCGUGACGUCCGUCACUGAUCGUUUUAGCCCAUUUUCCCUCAUUUGCUUCUUUUAACUCCCUCCCUCUCCUCCAUUUUGUGGCGUCUUGAGCGCGCUUUCUCUCUCCCGUUCUCUUUCUAUUUCUAUUUACUUCUCUCUCUCUCUCUCUACCUCCCUCUCUGUAAUCAUUGAUGAUCUUCCAUUUUUACAUCAUCUCCAAUCAAUCACUCUAUAGAUAUUAUUUUUCUCAUCUGGGGAGAGCUGGCUGUGAUGCAAGAUAUAGAAAAUCCAUGUUAUUGUCUUGAAAUAAGAGAAAACAAUAUUUUGGUAACUAAUCAGAAACUUUGAUAUGAAAUUGAAUCUUUAUCUUUGCAGCAAUAAUAUAUUGCUAGAAGCUUGAUAUAAAUCUCAAAUGAUCACAUAUGAACAAGACCCCGAUGUUAUUCGGUGGGGUCUUCAAUUGUUUGAUAGUGAUCCAUAUUCUAAUUGUGGAGGAUACUGUGGCACACUUGCACAAGAUCACGGAGUUAACCAGGAUUAUUAUCAAGGACAGUAUUUCAAUGAAGAUCAGUAUGAUGCAGAAAGCUGUAAUAUAGCUAAUGAUGAGCUUAUUGCGCAUGCUCUCCAAGAAGAAUUAUCCCAUCUUGCAGUUGCAGAAGUACCUAGAUCUCCCAAUGAAGUGGAAGACCAUUUACAAGUCUCCAGUUUCCAGCAAGAUUGGUUUGGCCAAUCUAUGGUGAACUAUGUCUCUGGGCAGAAUUGUGGACAGGAAAUGGCGGAUGAUAUGAGUUCCCCUACUUCAUGUUCUAGUCCUGAAGAAAAAUCAUAUUGCAAGGAAGAUUGGUCAUAUGUGCUGGAUCUGACUGAUGAAUAUGCUCUUGAUGGUGAAGUGGGAAAAAGGUUGAAUCAGAUGGUUCCUGUUCCUCAUAUUCCUAGAAUUAAUGGAGAAAUACCUUCAGUUGAUGAAGCAACAUUAGAUCAUCAGAGGCUACUGGAAAGAUUGCAGUUGUAUGAUUUAGUGGAGCUUAAAGUUCAAGGAGAUGGGAACUGUCAGUUUCGUGCGCUAUCCGAUCAAUUUUAUAGAACUCCUGAACAUCAUGAAUUUGUGAGACAAGAAGUUGUAAAUCAGCUUAACUCUUGCCCAGAGGUAUAUGAGGGAUAUGUUCCCAUGGCAUACUGUGAUUAUUUGGAGAAGAUGUCGAAGAGUGGUGAAUGGGGUGAUCAUGUUACUUUGCAGGCUGCUGCAGAUUCGUAUGGUGUUAAAAUAUUUGUCAUAACAUCUUUCAAGGACACUUGCUACAUUGAGAUUCUCCCAAAUGUUCAAAGGUCAAAACGAGUAAUUUUUUUGAGCUUCUGGGCCGAAGUGCACUACAACUCAAUAUAUCCACUAGGAGAUGUGCCCACAUUUGGGGUCAAGAAGAAGAGAAGGUGGCGUAAGUUCCGAAACAGGUACUUGGAGUCAUCUAAUGAAUAAAACUGAGUGCUGAUAGAAGAUCUUCUGUCGAAUUUUGUUUCGGUGCCUUUUCCUUUAGAACAAGGUGCAGUUCUCUUAGAGCUCUUUCUACUAAAGUCAAUUCCUGUGGGAAUCUGGAGAUUAGAUGCCCUAUAAAAAGGCAGAAAAUUCAUCCUAAUGCUAUGCUGGGAACAAGUUUGUAAAUGUCCUUCUUGAUCCAACCUUAUCCAUUAUUUCUUUCUGAUAAGUUCAUCUCUAAUUAGUACUUGCAAACUCCUGUAUGAUUACUCUGGAUGCUCUUCUUUUUUUUCUUAAUUUUUUUUUCUCCCAUUUAUGUCCUGCCUCUACUCAAUUUUUCUGGAGUUGAGCAUGAAAUAUUUUGCAGUCUUGGAAAGAAUUCUGAUGAAGUAAUUGAAGCAGAAAGACCUACCCCUUGAGGAAGAAUGAGUAAGAGCAAGGUAAAAUCGACUCGUUGGCAUUAAUAAUGCAUUGCUUAGAUGCUAGUUGUUGAGUUCAAUCGGUCCCCUUUCUUUUCUUGAAAACAAAAAUUUGAAUUUAUUCUGGAUGUAAUUGUGUCUGCACUUCUCUGAAUUUGGAUGACUCUUUGAGAAGACAGUCAUUUUGGUGUGAAAUGUGGUAUAAAACUGUGAUGCAAAAUUUAAGA